AUGAAACCUGUGUCGGCUGAUUUGGACAAGUUGGUGAAUCUGCAAUCAGAUCGUCACCAAGCUCUCAGGCUGGACCAAGUGGAGGAAUUACGGAACGCUUUUCGGGAGACGCACUCGGUGAUCGUUAAUUUGGAUGGAUUUAGUGAUUCAAGUUACGCCACGAAGAAUUUCCAAUCAGAAUUCGAGGAGCGUUAUAUGGACGCUUAUUGCGCUCUCGCCGAAGACUUCGACAGGCUUGGACCAGAAAAUAAUACGCCGACAGCAGCCGCCGGGAACGCCGACCCGGAGUUGCGAGUAAACAUGCCGCAAAUGUCGGUGCCUAAAUUUUCCGGUGCGUGUGUGGACUGGCCAGGCUACUACGACGCCUUCACAAGUCUAAUUCAUAACAACAACAAUUUGAGCAAUGUCCAAAGAUUGCACUUUCUUAAGGAGUCGUUGCCCAUAAGUCGUGAUAAUGACAUUCGUCAGAUGCAACUCACGGAUGUAAAUUAUGCAGUGGCUUGGGGAAUGAUGAUCAAAAGCACCGACUCUCUGCGGUCGAUGCUAAGCACGGUCAAUGUUUGCCUAGCUGCCUUCCGCCGCGUUCAAGCCUUGGGCGGGGAAUCGCAGCACUGGUUGGCGCAUUACAUAGCAUCGAAGCUGCCCAAGGAGACCCACAACGCUUGGGAGCACCACCAAGGUAGCUCUUCAACGGUUCCAUCCUAUAGGGACUUGGAAUCAUUUCUGAACGAUCGGCUAGUCAUAAUGGAUGCGAUUGAGAAUCGAAGCUCGUCGUACGACUCCAAUGCUGGCCCAGGUUCAACAGACCCGAUCAAACGCGUGCGAGUGCAUAAUGCACAGGAGCAACCAAGGCGUUCGAAUAACCCUUGUUAUCACUGUGGCGGCGACCACAUCCUACGUCGCUGUCCACCUUUCUUGGCGCUGGACUGUUACAAGCGCAAGGACAUAGUCAGUAGGGCUAAAUUAUGCGUCAAUUGCUUGAGCAAGUCGCAUGCCCUGUCUCGCUGCACCAGCAACCAAUGUUGUCAGGUUUGUGGUCAGCGCCAUCAUACGUUGCUACAUUUCCCGGUUCCGGCUCAGAACCAGUCUUCGAACGCUCAAUCGCAUCCUGCCCGGCCGCCGACACCGCAGUUUGUGACGCCGGCACCCAGGGAAACAGUGUCUGCACACAACACACAGUCCAGGUCGGAUCAAAAUCCGCACGCAUCUUACAGAUGUCAUUCGGCGACGUCAUCCAACCUUUCCUCGAAAAAUUUACUCCUCGCUACGGCUCGUAUUAUGGUACGAAACCCGACCAACGGCCUGCAAGCAGUAAUAAACGCUCUCGUCGAUCAAGGAUCUGAGGCAACCAUAGUAUCUGAACACGUUGUUCAGUCCCUUCAUUUGAAACGAUCUGCCGUCAGAGCAUCCAUUUUUGGGGUAGGACAAGGGGGCGGUCGUCGUUGCAAGUAUACGGUCAACCUUGAAAUCAACAGUAUUAAUUCCAAUUUUUCUUUAGAUGUUGAUUCCGCAUAUGUGCUCAAUUCCGUAACAUCCGGCCUCCCCAGUCUCAGCUUCUCGCCGAAGCGAUGGGAUCACAUCCAAGGGCUCCCGUUGGCUGAUCCAAAUUAUUACAGAUCGAAACGAGUUGAUCUCAUCUUGGGAGUGGACCUGUUGGCACAAAUCAUGUUGCCAGACACGAAGAUUGGAUUGCCCGACGAACCCAUAGCUCAAAAUACCCGUUUGGGGUGGAUACUAUCUGGGCGAGCAGAAGGAGUUACAAAAUCUUCCGAACUACUCUGUCAUCGAGUAACUUUGGACACGGAGUCAUUGCUCAAACGGUUCCUGAUCGUUCUACGGAAACGGAGGAGGAUACAUGGUGCGAAACAUUUUACGAUUGCCCUUUAA